CUUUGAUGUUGAAGGAAAUCCUGCAUGUUGUGUUGUUUUUUACUCUUGUUUGUCUAGGGAUCCAAUCAAAGAAUUUUUCCUUUGUUAUGUACCAGAAUAGUGCUUGAACAACGACCUAUCAGUGCAGCAACCAUGCUCAACUAUAAGCUAUGGUAUCACAUAGCAAUACACUGGUCUGCCAUACUCUCCGCCACUCAAUCACUCACAGCCCAACCAAGCACGCAAUAUCCUCAACACUGCGGUACUCAGCUAGCAAUCUCUCCCAACCCACCACCCGCCUAUUGCUAUUACCUACCCCUAUCAAUUGGAAUUAUCGGAUAUAUCCUACCCUCCCAUACAAAACCACGCAUACCCAGCAACACAGACAUAAUCAUCCCUAUAUCCGGUAAAGCUAUAGUGGAUAAACCCAUGUCGUCCAACAUGAUACUUUCACGGUAUACAGAACACCUACACCGCAACUCUGCCUCCAUAUCCAACAAAGAGUCCAGACCAUCCACAAAGGCAUACUAUCCAUACAAUAGCCUGAAUAGACAGCCCUACACCAGAGACCUCCCACGGAACUACCACUCGUCUCUCCCGCAAAACAAAAGGAAACUGCCAUUAUUUUCUCCCCUCAAACUCUGGUAGCGACGAGAACGUCCCGUCCCGUAGUCUGUAACAAAGCAACAGAGUACAACAGAGCUAGUAGACUAGGUUAAGG